AUGGCCGCCACCGCCGCGGCCACCGUGACGGCGACGGCGGCGGCGUCGAGCUGCAGCAAGCGCGAGAGCGCCGGCAUUGCGGCGCCCGCCGACUUGGCGAAGAAGGCGAAGAAGGGGAGGUCGCCGCCGGCGGAGGAGAUGGAGGGCUUCUUCGCGGCGGCGGAGGGCGACGUCGCGCGGCGCUUCGCUGCCAAGUACAACUAUGACGUCGUCGCAGACGCUCCCAUGGACGGGCGGUACGAGUGGGUCCGACUGAGGCCGUAG